AUGGGGUGUUCUGCCAGUAUUUCUGCUGCAGAGGCCUUUGAUAGAGUAAUAAUAACAGUAAUGGGUCUGCCUGGCACUGGAAAGACAUCGAUUAUUGAUUAUUUAGCAGGCGAAUAUGAUCCUUCUUUACCUCCAAUUGAAACAAUAGGUAUUUCCAUAAAGAGCGUAGUAUUGCACGAUCGGGAGUUUAUUUUCCUUGAUACAAAUGGUUUAUUUGCUCAUCAAGAUGAAUGGAAAGAUUGCAUUGAAAAGAGUGAUGGCGUUAUUCUUUGUUUCGAUGCUCUUUCGCUAUCUUGUGCCUAUAACUCUGUUAAACUGAUGUUCACAACAGUUUAUGAUUUAAUCAUCCAAAAAAAUAUUCCAGUAUUAGGGAUCAUGACGAAAACUGAUAAUCCAGAUUUACAAGAAUACAAAUUGGUUCAAUCGAUUUUUGAAAAGAGUUUCCGCAAAGAAAAAUGUUCAUUAAAGCAAAUCAAAAGGCUUGACGACAAAAUAUUCGACAUAUUUCAAUGGUUGGAAGAUAAUGUCUGA